GAGCGGCUAAUGACCGAGGCGCAUAAUCCUCCUCAAAACAAGCGCAAAGAUGCUAAUUCUAUCUCUCUAUAAAUAGGCUUGACUUCUGCCGCUCCUCCUUUACUAGAACUGGAAGACACCGCCGUUCCGCGAUCCCCCCCAGAUCCUACCGGGAAAUCGGUCGCUUUAGAGGGGCAUUAUAUAACAGGUGUAUCCUGGAGUGAUUGGAAAGCUAAACUUGCGCGCAAUGGUGAUAUAAACAGACGCGCCAACGCAACCCUAAAACCUAGCCAUGUUUCCUCUGCCGCUGUUCACACCUGAGCAGGUGGCUCGAGUCUGCGAGAAUCUGGAGGAGACUGGAGACAUGGAGCGCUUGGGUCGCUUCCUCUGGUCGCUGCCCGCCGCGGUGCCCGGUUCCGCCGGAGAGCUGCUCAACCGGCAGGAGUCGGUGAUGCGCGCCCGGGCGCUGGUCGCCUUCCACGGCGGGAACUUCGAGGCUCUCUAUCAGAUCCUGCAGAGCCACCGCUUCACUCGGGAGUCUCACGCCAAGCUGCAGGACCUGUGGCUGGACGCGCACUAUCGCGAGGCGGAGCGCCUGAGGGGGAGGCCGCUGGGUCCCGUGGAGAAGUACCGAAUCCGGAAGAAGUUCCCCCUUCCUCGGACCAUCUGGGACGGAGAGCAGAAGACGCACUGCUUUAAGGUGAGACACACGGGAAACGCGCAAAACUUCCGUAGCCUCCUGAGGGAAUGGUACCUGCAGGAUCCCUAUCCAAACCCCUCCAGAAAGCGUCAUCUGGCUCAGGCCACGGGACUCACACCCACUCAGGUGGGCAACUGGUUCAAAAACAGAAGACAGCGGGACAGAGCGGCGUCUGCUAAAAACAGGAUGCAGCAAGAUUCCUCCCUCCUUCCCUCUGGAAGCUCUCCAGAAUGUUCCUCGGAGCACAACGCGCACCUCCAGGGCUCCUCACCGUGUCGUCCCCGGAGCCCAGGGGAGAACAGCGACUGCAGCUCGGGCACGGGGCCGCGGGGGACCGGGGCCUCCACGCCGGACAUAUCCGUCAGCAGCGACAGCGACUUUGAGUCGUGAAGAACGCCUGCGCCGGAAACACAUGAGAGUCUGAAGCAUCUGGACUGCUGCUUAUACAUGCACUUAAAGGAAAGACUGAGAAAUCAGCUCGAUUUGCUGUUAAGAAAUCUGACUAAAAAGGACAAAGUUCUCAGUUACUCCCUUUUUCGUGUUUGGUCCGUCCCUGACCAAAGAGGAGCUACAAUUUUAAGACUGGACCUCUCAAAAGGCACGUGCCAAAUCAAUCUCUUCAGGUUCAUUGGCUUUUUCAAUCAUUCUAAUACUCAGGUGGCACAAAAUAUGAGGCAUAUCACGCAGAAGGACAUAUAUUAUGCAAAUUUUGUAUUGAAAGUCUAGUCUAGAUCGUCCAGCCAGGCCUUUCAUAGCACUACAAACGUGAAACGGUUUGAUAUGCUUGUCCAAAAAAAGAAACACGCUGAAAACAGAAGGUAGAAGUAACUUGCUGCUGUAUGUUUUCAUAAGAAUAUAGUGUAGGUUGUGUCAGUUGCUUGUGCAUUUUGUUGUUAAAUGAAGAUUUAGGUCCAUUGAACUGUGAAUAUAAUCAUGUAGUCUGGAUGAACGUAGAUUAACUCGCAUGUAAUGGAAUAUUAAUGCUGCUUACCUUGAAAUAUGCUGUGAAUUUCUGAAUUCAUAAACAACGACGGAACAGGUUUCUAUAUUAACAUCUCACAGAUGACACAUCAUUUCAGUGAACAGAGUCACUCAGCUUUUUAUGUGCCUACACUUUGAGGACGACAUCAAACUAUGAUCGUCCGUCAUUAAUAAUUUCCACACCCAUACUCACCGAAGUCACAUGAAGAACGGGACUGUCUUGUUUUCAUUUGUCUGUUGUUUGCAAUUUUGAAAUAAAU